AACUCUAAAAAAAAAAAAAAAAGAUUCUCCGUUCUCGAUCUUAUCUACAAUUAAAAAAAACUGAGGUUGGAUCGAGGGAUUACCGUUAUUACACAAAAUCUUUAGAAUGUUGAAUCUGGAAAGUGUGGCUGCAUUCUUUCUUUUCUUUUUGGAAUGCUACCACAUCUGUGGUCAUCUUAACAUCCUGUUCCGGAUUCGACUUCUGCCCCGGAAGGACCUGGUUCGGAUCCGGCUCUACUUCCUGUUUGACCUGUUAACGGUCUUUUCCUCUUCCUUCCUGUUCCUACAGAGGCUCCAAUGGUUGGCGCUGUUACAGAUAGUGCAGCAUCUGUAUUACGUCCUGUGCUGGGAGAAAACAGGGCCCGCCAAAAAAAUUGUCAGUUGGAGUUCUUUAGACUGGACAGCUAGUCAGUAUAAGGAGGAGUGGCACUUUGACUCUAUCCUGGGGACAGCUUUUGACGUGGGCGUCCAUUGCACCAUGGCUUUCUUUCUCGGCCAAUACCUGUCCACGGUACAAAUCUUCGUCUGUCUGUUUUUGGUACAGUGCUCCCUAUUGGCUGUUCUAUGUGGACCCUGGUUUGCCUGGAGCUGUCCCUGGGCCGCGCCUAAGUGGGUCCAGAAGAGGAUCCGCCCCCUCAGUGAAGAGGAAUGUCGUCUGGGCCUCGGGAAACAAUCUUAACGACACCCGAAUUAGUUCUGGACUGAAGUGCCCUCACUCAUGGCAUAAUGAUGUGUUGUUAGUCAUUCUCAGUAUUGUGAUCUAAUGUUUCCAAUCUAGUAUUGUUAAAUAAUUUCUUUAAGUAAGAAGUGGGCAUGUUUAUUGAACUUUUGUUAAUUCAAUAAAAAAAAAUAUUGUAAUUCGUGUGAUGUUAAUUAACAUUCUAUUAUUUUAAUUAGGAAUAUAAGUGUUUGUUCAACAUUGCAACGAAAGUCAUCAUUGAAUUGAAUGAUUGAAUUGGAGGAUAGAAUUUAGAUUGUUUUAUAGCAUAUGAGGAAUACGGUGAUUGAUGUCAGAGUUAAGUAUUUUAUUUGUAUUUGUUUAUGUUCAGUGUAUGUUGUUAUUGAUUGUGUCACCUAUCCUACAAAGAAAGGAUUGAUUUAUUUCAAAGCCUUUUAUUGAUCUUUUAGUGUGCUAGUAUUAUAUUUUAUCCAGGACCAAGCCCCACCCCACUCCACCCCCGUACCAUCAAUCUCAAUUUUAAACAUUAAUUUUAUUUCCCAAGAGUAUUAUAAUUCAUGACAUGUAGAAAUAUAUUCACAUGACUUUGGUGAAUCGGGUUAUAAUU